GUCAAACUAAAAUAUGUAAACAGCACAAAAAUACGGCUUAUAAUCAGAAAACAGUGGAGUAAAUUUGUCGUGUUUCUUGACUUAAAGGUGUAAUAAAUGUAUAAGCAAGUUUAAUAAGCAGGUAGGUCAUCUUGUGAACCGGAUCUAGAAAACAAGUUUAAUUCCUUCCGAUAAAAUGAGCACGAACAGUCAGAGCGACGUAUCUACCUCCAACAGCAAAAUCCUGAAGAACGACCAUAUAUUGACAGUCCUAAUAUGUGCUCUUUCAAUACCACUUUCAAUGUCCAUGUGGAUUGUCAACAUAAUAUACUCGAAGUUUCUUAUGGAACACGAAGGUCUUGAUGAGCCUGUAGUAAUAUCUCCAGCACGAUGGCUUGCUUCCUGCUUUAUUCCCAUAAUUAUGGCCAUAUAUGGCUAUAAGAAAAAGAGUGUGAAUGUAAGCGGCGCUCUGUUUGGGCUGGGUGUGGCAUUUGUGCUGACCCUGAGCAGUUUCACCUUUCUGGCUGCUCUCUUCACAGUCUUCAUCACAUCCUCUAAAGCUACAAAGUUCAGAUUACAUCUGAAGACUAAAAUUGAGGAAGAUGUCAAAGAAGGUGAAGGUCAGAGGAAUUGGAUUCAAGUUCUUUGCAACACUGGGAUGGCAACACAGCUGGGUUUGCUUUAUCUACUGGAUGUUGGCGCUUCUGAGAGGCCAAUAGACUUUGUGAAGGACUACAGAGCUUCAUGGCUCUCUAUGGGAGUUCUUGGUGUAUUUGCGUGCUGCAAUGGCGAUACAUGGGCAUCCGAACUGGGCACAGUACUUUCUAAGUCUGACCCAUAUCUAGUUACAACUUUCAAGAGAGUUCCAAAAGGGACAAAUGGAGGCAUAACUGCUGUUGGAACUUUCUUUAGUACAGUUGGAGGCUUUGUGAUUGGGUUGUCUCAAUAUCUGGCAGUGUUAUACUUUGCAGAUAGGAGUUUACUCAUGUAUGCCCCGCCACAAUGGCCUAUGAUUGUUCUCGGAGCUGUGGCUGGAUUCCUCGGCAGUCUCAUUGACUCAAUAUUGGGAGCCACAUUGCAAUAUUCAGGGUUAAAUAAGGAUGGGAAGAUUGUGUCAUAUUCUAGUCAGACUGUAAAAUAUAUUAGUGGCGUAAAUGUUUUGGAUAAUCACAGUGUUAAUCUUAUUACAACUGUUAUAAUGGGUAUGCUCUUGCCCACAAUAAGCAAAAACUUAUGGCCCCUGUUUUAAAUAUCAAACUAAGUAAGAAUUUAUUUGUUGAAGUCACUACCAUGCAGCUGAAAAGAAGCAUCUAGAGAAAGUAUGAAUAAUCUCUAAAAACUGGAAGUACUUAAAAAAGUUUUAAUAAAUUGUAACUAAAUUAUUUUCUACAUUAAUAAAACUAUUUCUAUAACCUCAAAUAACUAGUUUUUCUAUGUGUUUAAAAGUGUUAAAAGUUAGAAAUAUAAAAUAUUUGUACUUCAAAAUAUGCUAGCUGAUCCUACGGAAAAUUUAUUUAUAUUCUAUAUCCUCUCCACUUGGGCAAUAGUGCACAUUUAGGUUUUUUAAAUUGCCGCCAUUUCUCUUGGACAGUUUUUGCUAGUGAAACUAAUGAUCCAUCCAUAACCAAGUUGUGUAUCCGAAUUUCA